AUGUCUGCUCUAGAUAACUACGUCCACGAACUCGAACAAUACGAUGGCAAGAUCUGCACAUAUGGUGGCGACUGGCUUCGUACAUGGGAUAUGAACGAUGAGACAAUUAAGUCAACAUUAAACGCAUCUUGGGCUCUUGAAGAGCUUAUCAAGAACAAUGUUUCUUGCAAGAUCUUCCAAUCAGGCCUUGGUGCUUCCAUCUUCCGUGAUAACUCAACACGUACAAGAUUCUCCUUCGCUUCUGCAACAUCUAUGCUUGGCCUUUCAGCUGCUGACUUAGAUGAAGGCAAGUCACAGAUCUCUCAUGGUGAAACAGUCCGCGAGACAGCUACAAUGAUUUCCUUCUUCACCGAAGCUAUUGGCAUCCGUGAUGACCUUUACCUUGGCGCUGGCCACAAGUAUAUGCUCGAAGUUGGCUAA